AUGUCGAUAAAGACUGCGAACGAUUCUCACAAGAGAGGUAACGUCACCAAGUUUGCUCGGUUGGCUUUCGUUUUAGUUACUGCUGCUUUCUUUGUUAUAUUUGAUAUGGGUCUUCCAGUUGCGUCCGCGUUGAAAAUCAGACUUUACACCAACAACAUCCGUUACGACAACAAGAACCUUGUUAGUGGUGAACACUCAUGGAGUGAAAGAGAGCCAUUGGUCACUGAGAGUAUCAGGUUCCACACCCAGGCUGGUCCUUCCGUGGUGUGCUUGCAGGAGGUUCUUCGUAACCAAUUGGAGGAUAUCUUGGGUGAUUUGAACCUGGAGAACAAGAACGAGUGGGAUUACUAUGGUGUUGGUAGAACUGACGGAAAGUAUAAGGGCGAGUAUGCUCCAAUUCUUUACAGAAAUGCUGACUGGAACGCUGUUGAGAAGAAGACUUACUGGCUCAGUCCAACCCCAGACAAGCCUUCCAAGGGCUGGGACGCUGCGUUGGAGAGAAUUGUCACUACUGUGAUCUUGGAGCUGAAGCACAAUGGCCAGAGAGUGAAGGUGUUGAACACCCACUUUGACCAUAAGGGUGUGGAGGCCAGAAGAGAGCUGGUUAAAUUGAUCAUGAGCAAGAUGGAACUGGGCCCAGAGCCUCCAUUCUUGUGUGGUGACUUCAACACUGAGCCAAAGGAUGAGCCAUACAAGCUUUUGAGCAAGAGUGGCUUCAAGGACUCCAGAGUCCAGGGUAAGACUUACGGCUACAAGUCGACCUUCAGUGACUUCAACCGUCAGCACGAAGCUAACACCAUCAUUGACUACAUUUGGGCUGGUGACCACAGUCAAUGGCACACAUACGGUGUGGUUCCAAACUACUUUGACUUCUACAUGAGUGACCACAGACCUGUGAUUGCCGACUACACAAUCUAG